CUUAACCAAUUAACAAGAUUCAAUCGAUCUAUCCCGGCAAGUUACCCGACUAUGGCUUCUUCCGACCAACUCAAAGAAGGCGGGACCGUGAAGAAAGGCCACGACGACGGCCUCAAAAUGGCGCUGUCCCUCCUCGAAGAGUUCGACCUCCCCGGCGGGCUCCUCCCGCUGGCGGACGUGGUGGAGGUCGGGUUCGUGCGGAGCACCGGGUACAUGUGGAUCGCGCAGAAGAAGAAGAUCGAGCACCAUUUCAAGAUGAUCGGGAAGCUGGUGAGCUACGACUCGGAGAUCACGGGGUACGUGCAGAAGAAGAGGAUCAAGAAGCUCAAGGGAGUCAAGGCCAAGGAGCUGAUGCUGUGGCCGCCGGUGAGCGAGAUCAUCCUCGACGACCCGCCCACCGGAAAGCUUCAUUUCAAGAGCCUUGCCGGGAUCACCAAGACCUUCCCCGUCGAGGCCUUUGCUCCCGGCCAGUGAAUCCAUCAUAUAUGUUGUUGUGCUCUUUUUGAAUUGCGUCUUUUGAUGAUUUGACAUCUACUACUACUACCUUACUUAGUUAUAUAGUUAAUUAGUUGUGUUUUGCCCACAACGUUCGACGUAUGAUGGAUGUAAUGAAUAAUCAC